AAGUAACCGCUCCUAUGCGUUCCAUCCGUCCAGUUAACAGACGCUAGCUCGAUGCUAAAUUUAGGAGUUUGGUGAUGUAAAACAUGAAAAGAGUUCUUCUCUUUAAAUGAACAGAGUAGUAAGACGCCAUGACAGCGAUAAAAGACGGAGAAUACACGGCUACGAUCUACAAACUGAUUAAAGAUGGGCAGUAUGUGGAAGCUAUUCACAUCCUGAACGGCCAGCUUCAGAAACACACCAAGUCCAGGGCAGCAUUAUCUCUGCUCGGCUUCUGCUACUACCACAUCCAGGAUUUCGCCAAUGCUGCAGAGUGCUACGAGCAGCUCACACAGCUGCACCCGGAGGUGGAGGAGUACAAGGUGUACCAUGCUCAGUCUCUGUAUAAAGCUGGUGCUUAUGCUGAAGCCACCAAGGCUUCCUUCAUCCUGGAUAAACCCAGCAGUCAAACCAAGAUGAUCAAACUUCAAGCCUGUAUCAAAUACUGUGAGGAAGAUUAUUCUGCUGCAAAGUCACUACUGGAGCGGCUUCCUCAGGACGACCCCGACUACAUCCACAAUCUGGGCUGUUUGCUCUACCAGGACGGCAAACAUGAGGAGGCCUGCAAGAAGUUCACGUCUGCCAUGCAAGUGCUGGGAUACGUUCCAGCGCUGUCCUACAAUAUCGCCCUGUGCUACUACAGCCUGAAGAACUACGCUCAGGCCCUCAAAUACAUCGGAGAGAUCAUCGAACGAGGCAUCAGGGAGCACCCAGAGCUGAGCGUGGGGUUGACCACUGAGGGGAUUGAGGUCCACAGCGUGGGGAACACUCUGGUUCUUCACGAGACAGCCCUGAUCGAAGCCUUCAACCUCAAAGCUGCCAUCGAAUACCAGCUGAAGAACCUGAAAGGCGCUCAGGAAGCUCUGACAGACAUGCCCCCCAGAUCUGAGGAGGAGCUUGACCCUGUGACCCUGCACAACCAGGCUCUGGUGAACAUGGACACCAAGCCGUCCGAGGGUUUUGAGAAGCUGGCUUUCCUCCUGCAGCAGCCUUCCUUCCCACCGGUCACCUUCGGGAACCUGCUGCUGCUCUACUGCAAACACGAGUACUUUGACCUGGCGGCUGACGUCCUGGCUGAAAACGCUCAUCUCACCUACAAGUUCCUCUCCCCGUACUUGUACGAGUUUAUUGAUGCCUUGUUGACCUGCCAGACGGCGCCAGAGGAGGCUUUUAGAAAUUUUGAUGAGAUGAACGGCAAACUGACGGAGCAGCUACGAAAACUGGCCAAGCAGGUGCAGGAGGCUCGGCUGGCUCGAGACGAUGAGGUGCAGAAGAAAGCUUUGCAGGAGUACGACCUGAUGCAGGAGAAGUACAUCGUGGUCCUCAUGGCUCAGGCCAAAAUCUACUGGAACAGGGAGAACUUCCAGAUGGUGGAGAAGAUUUUCCGUAAGUCGGUGGAGGUUUGUAACGAAGACGACACCUGGAAGCUGAACGUGGCCCACGUCCUCUUCAUGCAGAACAAAUACAAGGAGGCCAUUGGCUUCUACGAGCCCAUCGUGAAGAAACACUACGAUAACAUCCUGAAUGUGAGCGCUGUCGUCCUGGCCAACCUGUGCGUGUCCUACAUCAUGACGAGUCAGAAUGAAGAGGCCGAGGAGCUGAUGAGAAAGAUUGAGAAGGAGGAGGAGCAGAUCUCCUACGAUGACCCUGAAAAGAAAGUCUUCCAUCUCUGCAUCGUCAACCUGGUGAUCGGGACGCUGUACUGUGCGAAGGGGAACUACGACUUUGGGAUCACUCGCGUCAUCAAAAGCCUGGAGCCGUACAACAAGAAGUUGGGGACAGACACAUGGUUCUACGCCAAGCGCUGUUUCCUGUCUCUGCUGGAGAACAUGUCCAAACACAUGGUCGUGCUGAGGGAUGCCGUGGUCCAGGAGUGUAUUCAGUUCCUGGAGCACUGCGAGGCGUACGGUAAGGAGGUUCCCGCCAUUAUCGAGCAGCCUCUGGAGGAAGUCCGAGUCCACAUUGGUAAGAACACGGUCACCUACGAGGCCCGCCUGCUGAAGGCUCUGUUCUACAAGGUCAUUGGCUGGAACAAGUGACAUCAUUCU